GUUGCGUGACCUGCUUCAUCGCAAAUAUAUUGUUCAUUUGCUUCACUGAUGAAUAUGAUUAAACGAGCGGUUACCAUGGAAUUGAUCUUAUGUUACAUUUUUAGCCUUUAUCCAGGCAUCUAUCAGAAGCCUAAAAGUUAAUCAAAUGCUAGUUAUACAGUGGAAAUGAUACCACUUUCUAGAGCAUGGCCGAUGUGAUUGCUUCUCCAAGACAAGAUUUACCUAAAAAGUUGCCUGCCUUGCCAGUAAUCGAGCAUCCUGGCUUGCGUCGGUCAGAAGAAAACAAUGACCUCUUGCAGAUCCGUGGAAACUCCCGCGAAGCAACUGCAAUUGUUGAUGAAGGAAAUGAUUUUCUACCACCAUUAAGGCGACGAACAAGCCAACAAGGAAGAAAAGGCCACUCCAGGGUAUUAACAUGGCCGCUAGGUAGGUCGAACGAGAAGAGAAAAUCAGAAUUAAACCUCUACUUCGAAUUCCAAUUAUUUUAUAUGUCUGGCUUAAAUGUAAAUCAACAACAUUAGCCGAAGUGUCUAAAUCACGCCUGAUAAAUGCCUCCAAUUAAAGACUGUCUAUCGAAGUGCGGAGUAUGUACUUACACUUCUAGGAGCCAUCUCGUAAUCAUUUUUCUUCUUAAUUACAAGCUUAAAUCUACACUUGAAAACCUUAACAUUAUGUAAAAUCUUACUGUCACUCUGAACCUAAAUUAAAAGUUUUGGUCAUUGUCGAAGCUAAAAUCAGUAUUUGAUAUUUUUAUAGGACAAGGAAAAGGAAAGACUCCAAACAGCAGUGGUCCAGCAUUGGAAAAACCUUCACACAAGCUCUCAGCUGAAGAGGUACAUGCACGGCCGCGAAGAUCUUAUGUCUGUGUAAAUAGCUUAAUGUAGCAAGUUAGUAUUUUAACAAGUUGACUUCCUUACUAUUUUGAUUCCUGAAUUCAAAACCGUUAUUCUUUGGAUGAAGUUUAAUUAUCAACCUCAGAGAAUCACGCUUAGGUUUACAAUUAUCAGAACAGGAAUGUGUGUUUUUAAGUGGAGGGGGGGGAGGGGGUGAUAAUUUGGAAGUUUAGGUGACCUGCAUAAUACCAACUUAACUGAGCCAGCUCUUCUAGAAAUCGUGGGGUUAUGCUGCUUGUGUUGCUCCAGUAAUAUUGGAUAUUGCUGAAAUAUCAGGACCACAAAGUGAUUUAAGGCAGGCAAUAAUCUUUCUUAAGUAGAAUUAUUUAUAAACAUUAACGUUAUUAACAUUUAGAGUGUAAUUUUCUUAUCAUGAAAUAAACAUUAUCAAUUUGCAAUGAAUUUUACUUCUGUUAGCUUGAAGAUCUCAUCCGUGAAAAGUUGCUGACCAGAAUAAGUGGGCUUCGUCAAUUGUUUCGUUCUAAUGAUCCCAUGGGCAAAGGCAAUGUAUCCAGGUACUGUUUGGUUUCAUCUGUAACAGACGAUUGAUAGAUUUUCCUCAAUGUACUUAACAAUACAUAAAGACAGUAAGCUGGUCUCUUGAUAUAACAAAAGGGAAAAUUCUUAUCAUCAUACUGAUUUAGAUUUUUAAUGAUGCUACACGUAAUGAUACCGUUUAAGUUGGCUUUUAAGAUAAAAUAUUGCAGUUUUCCUAAUUUGUAAUUCACACUUUGUAUUUUUACAGGGAAGCACUUGCAAAUAUUUUGUAUCAUUUAUGUGGCUAUCUUACAUCUGACCAAAUCAGUGGUGUCUUAAAGAGGUGAUUGUCUUUACUUCAUUGAAGAGCACAAUAAUUUGUUUUUGUAAAUUUAAAGUAAAAUUAAAUUUGAAAAAAAUGAAAAAAUAAUGAAGGAAAAAGAAACGAAUGGCAAAGGUAAAGAAAUUGAAUUUGCCUCCACUCAUACCUGAUUACUUACUCUGCUUACUUACUAAGUUUGAAGUUUGUAAUUAAAGUUAUGGACCUAUAGGUUUUUCCAUUCAGAUUUGUGGCCCAAGCAUAAGGGUGUGGGUCAUAAAUCAGGAGGGGAAAAAUAAGGUCCAUAAACUUAAAGUUUGGACCAAGGAAACAAGGUCAGGAAGACAUUUAUUAAAUCUCCAACUCCAAAUACUGGUGGAAGAUCUGAAUUUAAACAAACAUUUGAAUUUAGGGGGCUAUAUAAUGAAUUAACCAAUUAUAGCUUUACACUUUUUAAGAGAUAUAAUGAAUGGUUUUAUCAUAUGCAUACUGAGAAUUACACAUUAAAAAGAUGAGAAAUAUAUUUAUAGGCAAGCUAGCCGUACAUUGAAGCAAAAGCCACUCGAAUGGCAAGUACAUGUAUCACAUUUUUCGUAUGUAAAGAAAGCAAUAUAUUCAAUCAGGAGCUGGGUAUCAUGUUUUUUUGUGAGUAAACAAUAUCCAGGUGAUCCUUGGACAGUCAACCUUCACCGGCAGAUUAUUUUGCUUUUUGAAUCAUUCAGAAAAUUACAAAAAUCCACUCUCAGGGUGGUCAAAUUUCUUACAAAAGAUGGCUGAGGAUAGAUUUGUGACUUAUUAGAUUACUGAGGAAAAUAAUCAUGUUGAAAAAAAUUGUACAGUUGGUGCAGUGGUUCCAUCAUUUCUAUUGACAAGGCAAUUUAUAUGGUUACAUCUUUCAUAAUAAAUUUAUGAGCCUUUUACUUGAACCAAAUUGACAUAAGAAAAUAAUUUAAUCUCUUAAUUUAUAUUAAUAUAUUAAACAUAACACUCCAUAUAAAGUCCAUCUGUAUGGUAUUUAUGCACUCAUCUGUUUGUAUCAGAACUCUCACUCGUUGGCUGCAAUCUGUUGGAUUUCUGAUACUACUGACUUGUGUGUAAAUACCGUAUGGACAGACUUUCCACGAAUUUUAUGAUAUUUACUACAUAUUAAUCUUAUAGUGUGUAUUUUUCUCCAGGCUUGGGCUGGACACACAGAGUACAAUCUCAUUUGAAAAUUUUGUUCACCAUUUCCAGGACAAUGAGGUUAGUAGAACAUUGGUAGUAGGUGAGCUCAUUUUAAUGUAGCAUACACCCAGAGUGUAAAAAAAACAAAACUUUAAAACAUUUCAGUUAAGAGAUAAGUAUGAUUCCCUCCUAAGAUUUACUGUAAAAUGUUAAUUAAAGUAAACUUUUUCAAUCAUUCUGUUGGUCUUAUUUAUGACAGUGGGAGAUAUGGUGGCUUAAUUAGUGUCAGCAUGCACAUGCUGGACCCUGGGUUUAGAAGUGCAUUGUAGAGCCAAAGACCUGGCUAGUUCUUGCUUGUUUUUUUUUUGUUUUUUUUUUUAAAUAGGGAACUAACUACCCUUUAUUGCCUCUCUGACCACCUGACAAAAAUUUGACUCCAUGUCAUGUAUCCUCUGUUUUUAUUUUUGUAUGUUUAAUAAUUAUUGGUACUAACAAAUAUUUUGUUGUUUUAUAUGAUACACUAUAAUUAAACAUAUAAUUAUAUAUAUAUAUAUAUAUGCUUUGAGGAUUUUUAUCUUGUGAAUAUGAAAAAAGGUAAGAAGCUUCAAGGGGUGGGAAUAUUCCUUUGUUUCCUCCUCUUGAGACACAUGAAAUGAGUUUCGAGCGUCUUGAAAUUAAAUUUCAAUGUCACAAAACUCUACUCUAGCCCAGCACAAUCCUCAAAGUUUUCGAGAAUUGGGGACAGAGUUUUGUAGGACUGUCAACUUAUCUUUUUGCAGAACUGUAUAUAUAUUUGUAAAAUUUGCAUUCUACUUAUUUUACAGACUCUCACCAAGGAAUGGGUGGAUCCAGUGCUCAGACCACCUUCUCAUUUCAACUACCUUGCAAACCUCCCAGCUAACAGAUUACGUCAACGACAAAGAGAAAUUGCUUUGGAACAGAAGCAUGCAGUGCACAAACAAGGACAGAAGAAAACUCCACCAAAAUUAUUUUCUGCUCUUGAAGUUUUCCCUCAACUUAAAAGAAGAGUUCAACAGGGGUAAGACAGUCUCCUUGUGAAUAUAUCAGGUUCAGAACCAAUUUAUUUAUUUCGUAUUUCAAUUUGAACUUGGCAUGUAGACUUUUUGGGUUGGAAGUAAUUUGUCAAAAGUUGCACAUAAAGUAGAAAAUCAUAUCACUAAAAGUAUUGAUUACUGGCUGGCUCCAAGAAAAUGAAAUUCAUACACUAAAUCUGCUAUUUGUAGACAUAUUAAUUAGUGCAGCUAUACAAUGUGGCCUAGCCAGUGGUACCUGAUUGAAAGUCAUUUAGUGCACAUCAAUUCUUCAAAUUAUUAAAAGAAGAAUCAAAAUUGCUCCCAAUUGUUUAGCUCACAACAAAAAAAAGAAGAAGCAACAACAACAAGAACAAAAAAAAACAACAGGCUUAGUCUUUUAGAUCCAUGUAGAGUAUAAGUCACUACACUUUUACUUCUCUAAUACUAAGGGGUAGAUAUGUCUUCUGGAGUGUUUCCUUUUCUUGUCAUUGCUCCAUCCCUCGGGUGGUUUCAAGUUAUUUUUUUAAUCAGAUUUCUUGUCUCUGGGGGUUGGUAAAUUAAUAUGUGGAUAUCUUGGAUUCAUUUAUUACUGCCAUAUCAGUUUAAGCAUUAAAGUGAAUACCUUUAUGAACAUUAGCUACCAAACAUCUUUUCCAGGACUCUUCCUUAUGCAAAAUUACUUCCCCCAUCUUGUUUUGAUGCUGAUGGCAUGGUACUUAAGCCCCAGUUAAGGACUGCCCUACAGGUGUUGGGUUAUCAGAUGUAUGAGGAGGAAUUUGAGAAAGUUUGGGAUAGGUGAGUGCUAUUCCUCAGCCAGUGGUUCAAUUAUUUGUGUAAAUGUCAGUAGGUUCUACAUACUUUUUACUGUGGCUUGAAUGAGGAAGUUGAAAUAAUGAGUGAUUGGAGGCAAAUAUUAUUUCUUUACUUUUGCCGUUUAUUUCCUUUUGCUCUCAGCUUCUUCUGUUCAAUAUUUUCAUUCAUUUGAUAUUUAUUUCACAUUUGAUGUUUUCGACACAGGUUUGACAAGACAGGACUUGGAGCAGUGAAUUCAGUGGUUUUCUUCAAAACACUUGGAGUGAAUCCCUUCUAUGGUAAGCAGUUUAAAAUAUGAUAUUUCUGUAGAUGUACAUACCGUUGCUACUGAGGCGAAGUUGAAAAAAAGAAAAAGAGGGCGAAAAAACUGUUAGUGACCGUCUUUCAUGAUUUGCACGAUAGAGCUUCCCAAGAAGGUGAAGCAACUUCCCUCAACUGAACCUGAAAAAGAAGAAGAAGAGCAAAAGGUCUCCAGUGAAAAAGAACAUGAUGAUGAAGAAGAAGUUAGACUUCAUUCUGCGCAUGCAGAGGCUAGAAAAGACUUACCCCAGGAGGAAAAGAGUACUUCUGCAGGACAGAAUCGUGUUUUGACAUUGUUUGCUGAAAAGGUAAGAUGAAAAUGAGUUAUAUUUUUGUUCAUUUUGCACUAAAGUCACCUUUGAUGGUACCACUUUACAUAUCAUGAAUCCUUAGUUACUGCAGUUGUAGUUCAUCUCGUGCAAUCCCUUUUUUCUCCUCCAUACAUAAACUGUCUUUCGGAUUAAAUUUUGCCAGACCGCCGAACGCAGGCCACCAAUUUGACAAUAUGCGUUCGCCCGUCAUGUGGCAAGCUGUUACGUUUUCAUUACUUAGUUUUUAUGUUUCAAAAUUAAGGUGAAACAUUACCCUGUAUGUACCAUAAAAUAUUACCAUGAUGCAAGUUUUCACAAAAUGUGCUCCUCCCUCCUUUUUGUUUGCUAUUGUUAUACAAAAGAGACCAUGUUGUACGUCAAACGUAAACUUCGGUGAAGUGGUAUGAAUUUGAGGACGAAAAAUCGGGAUGAAUCAGUGGUAAAAGGGCAACCUUUGCCAGAAAUGUUGUUAUUUUGAUACAAAUAAUGAGAAUAAAAUAAAACUGAUAUUAAGUAUAACUGAAUAUUGCAGUUUAAAGAAGGCUACACCCAAGUAGUUAAUUCAUUCAAGAAGUAUGAUCCUGAAGAUACUGGACAGGUACCGUACGGUGAAUUAAUCCCUAGCUUCUUUACGUUGUUGUUGUUGUAAUAUCAUAGAAACGUCAUAUAUAAUACUUAAACUUUGUGAGAUUUGGAAAACCCUGGAAAUUCAGUUUCCUUAGGACAAAUGAUGAGCAAAACGACCUGUCAACUUUAAAGUGAAAUGGACAUGAAAUUCUUCCCUCUCCACUAGACUUUACGUCAUGCACUGUUUGUUUUUUGUUUUUUUUUGUUUUUGUUUUUUUUAAUUUCUCGUCUAUAUAUAGUCAGUCCGUGCGUGUAGUUAUCUUAAGAUCAUUCGUAACGGUCUCUAACUCUUAUUAACGAUAAUUUAUUCUGUUGCGUUAGAUAAGCAAGGCAGAUUUUCGUAAAGCCUUGUCUGAAUACCGCUUGCAGCUUGGGCCAGUUGAAACUGAACAUUUUCUCCAAAGGUAAGUAGUGAUAAAUAUUGUCUCUUUCCUCAAAGAGCUGUGGCAACGAGCGGUCCUUCUUUAACUCCUAAGUCCGCCGAGCUCACAAAAACCUUGGCGCCGCCCCAAAAGACUGAAUUUCUUUAAUCAAAUUGAUUUGCGUUAACUGCUUCCUACUUCAGGUGUGGUAUGCGUGAACACAGCAUGGUUCCUUACAAGAAACUUAUGGAUUUAUAUUUAGACCGCUCUGAGAAAGGGCAGCUGCAAGCUGUGCUUGAUGAUCCUAAACACAGGUAAUUGGCACGGUUUACUACUGAAUGUAUGUGAUUUUAUUGUAGGGGAACAGGGGGCGGAAGUGGGCGGAAGCCCGAGGGAAUAGGGUGCGGAAGAGGGCGGGAAGCGGGAGCAGAAAUUGAAAAGGCAAUCAUUUGUUGUUUAGUACUGCUUAUCAGCCAUACAACAAUGAAAGGCAAGAGUUGGGAAAAGGGGCACAAAAGUACGGGAGGUGGAAGGGCGUGGUUCGCGAAGAGGGAAGCUGUGACCCCACUGUCCCUGAUAUUUUAGUGGAAGUACGCCUCACAAGCACCACAUUGAUAUGACUCCUUUUUCGUCUUCUGAGCAAGUUCAAAUUUCAGUCAUAUUCUUAUUUUACAACAUCUUUGUUCCGGGGUUAACAACGCGACAGAGUCUUGACUCUCUCGGAAAAAGCUUAAUUUAAAAGGCCCUAAAAGGCGUCCUCCAUAGUACAACACUACUAGCUCUAAAUUGAAACGACUUGAUUACUAUAAUGAUCGUUCUAGUGGAAGCCCCUCGAAUAACGAUGGAAAUUAAUGGAAAUUUACAGCAGCAAUCCGAUGAAAAAGAACGGAAUACAAUGUUUUUUACGACGAUAGUUUGCCUUUUAUGUUUGAUUGCAAUGCAGGUUUAAUCGCAGUAGAGACUCAGCUCUUGGUAGUACGACUGCGUUUGACGCAGAAGCCCGACUUCUGGAUAUUAUACAGGCAGACUUCUUGGCAUUGCUUGGCGCCUUCAAGUGAGUAGAGUAUACAGCUGAAUUUCAUCUGUAGGAGGGUUUAUUUCUUGUUUUAAAUUGUUGUACUGCUUCAUCAAAAGGUCUUAUCACAACUGUGUGCAUUCUGAUCACAAUUUGCGCGAUAAAUUUAAAUUUCCUUUGACCUGCAGAUUGAAAAUCAAAUAACGCAAUGACCCUUGCAGGUGAGCUGGGAAAGAUUCCCCUAAAAAUUUGCAUCACUCUCAACUUGUGGCUUCGUGCAUGUAGCUCAGUUGGUAAUAGCGCCCAAUUAGUAUUUGAGAGGCAUGGGUUCGAGUCCCGUCGAAGCUUGAACAAUUCAAGCUUCUUUCCUGCAUGUAAUUGCUAAAAUUACAGCUCACCUGAGGGAUUUUUGCUUUACUUGACGUGUGUAUUCUGUGUUGUAGAAUGUUUUAUUGAUCGUUUAUUUGAUUUGUAUAUAUUUAAUUGGUCCUAACUCCAUACAUCAUUGAAUUCUUUGCAGACAACUUGACAGAGACAACUUAGGUGUAAUAAAGCGAUACCAGUUUAAAGAAUUGCUUGAAGCUCGAUUCAAGAUGAAGGUUACCGAAGAUGAGUUGACGUCAGUUUUGCGUCCGCUGUUGGAAGACACGAAUCACAGCCUGAUACCUUACGCCCGGUUCCUUGAGCUCUUUAGUUCACCGAGGUGCAGUAUGUUUUUUUUCCUUUAAUUGUUGCUGAAAAGCAAACUGGAUGUCAGAUUGUUUCAACUCAUAGUUCCUUUGUACGAGCAUGGUGCACUUCUUUGUCUCACGGCCUGUCAGACACAAGCACUGUUAGAUUUAUCAGGCGGAAAUGACGUUACCAUAACUGUUGAAUACUUUUAAAACGCUUCUUUUUGUAGAACUUAGACACUUAGAUUAGUUUUGUUGCCAAAUUUUCUUGUACGUAGAGAGAAUUUUGUUUUAUUUGUCUCAUGCAGGCAACACAAAGAGGUAUCCAUUAAUGUAAAAAUACCAAGCCCCUCAACUGUCAAUGUCAAACCAACCACUUCACCCAAGGACUUUAACUCACCGAGAAGACCGCUAUCAAGAAAGUCACAGGAAAGGAGCGCAUCACACACGGAAACAGCCAAGAAAGAAUCACAGCCCCGAAAUGUUCUUCAGGUUUGUUAGAAGACUAUGGAGUUGUGACGCGUAGAAGCGGCUUUUUUCUCUUAAUUUUCCCAAUUUUUCCCUUUCACUUUCAGAGGCCACCAAAACGACUAUUGUCCUUGCAAUUUCAACUUUCUUGCACAAAGGAGAUAAGAUAGAAAAAACGUUAAGUUGGCGCGUGUUCAUGUUCUCGUGGUUGGUAUAUUGUUUGAUUUACCACUAAAUUCUCCUAGCUAAAAUUUUAAAUCAAGGUAUAGCAGACAGUUUGGAGAAUUGCUAUUCACGUCUUUGGAGGGAAAGAGAAUCACUUGCAGUUUUGGAAAUGCACUUUGCAGACAGGCAAUACAAUGUAUAUUAAAAAACCUCGUGACUUUUGACAGAAAUUGAUAGAUUAUGGAAAUGUUAAACUUGUUUAGUUGCUAAAAAAUAAAAUUAUCCUUGUAGUUAUUCUCCUUAGUACGGGAAAUACUUACAGAGAAGUUCCAAGUAAUACAAAAGGUACGUAUGUUUUUUUUUCUUUUUUUUCAAUUUUCAGCAACCUGUCUUAGGCGUUCUGUGUGUAAACGGGGCGCGAUAGAAGCGCAGAGGAAAAGGAAAGGAGGUUUGGGUCGAGUCUCUCUCACGUGACAUGACUCAAACCUCCCCCUUUGUUCGCUUUGCGCUUCUGUUGCACCCUUUUGAUUGUUAAAUGAACUCCUGGAAGAGGCUUGGAUUUUGAGUGUGGGGUGAGUUAUAUAUUUUUCCUGUUUUGUUUCAUUUAGACUUUUCAGGGAAUGGAUCAACUUAAGAAAGGAUAUUUAUCCAAAGGAAUGUUUCUAAGAUUGUUUGAAAGGUAACUAAUUGUUUCCCUUUUAAUUUGAUACACUUUUUUACAAUAAUAAAACUGGGGUAAUAGCGGCCAUGCCAUGAAAGUAAUAUAAGCUUGCUAAAGGUUUUGCGACCCAGACAGAAUCACCAGGAACAAGGCCUCACUGUCCAUGUACUUUUGGACUGAGUGGGUCAGUAUAGAUCUGUUUUUAACCAUAUGUGCCCUCAAUCUUUUUCUUCUUUUGGUUACUUACUUUGGUGGAAAUAAGCGACAUGCUUGAUGGUUCGAUAUGAAGAGAAUCCAGUUAUGUUUGUUCGGUUUUGUGCCAGCAAAACGGUGUGGCUAUUUUUGAGUUUAUUAUUGACUUCAUUUAUGUCGAUUUUUUUAUCUCUUUUUAUUCACUAUGGAAGUGCUAUGUGACAUGCCAGCUUGGAUGAGUUGAUACUUCGUUAAGUUUAUUCGGCACACGGACACUUUAUCUCUUAACCCUUUCCAGCCGAACAUUAGCAUUCAUAUUCUCCACACUGUUCUCUGUACAUUUCUUAUGACACUGACAAGCCUGGAAAAUUUCUUGAUUAUCAGGAGCUUCUUACCUUGGUGAUCAUUUCCUUUAUUCUCAUGACCUCUAUAUUCCAAUCAAGGGCGAUACUGUGAGGAAAAAUGGGACUGAGCCAGUCGCUCUUAGGGGUGAUGGGGUUAACGUGUGAUCGCUUGGUAUUUCAGAUACGAACUCAAGUUCACAUCACCGGAAGUCGAUUUACUUUGGUCCAAACUGCCUGUUGAGAAGGAUGGUACGGUCAGCUUUGCGCAUUUAGUAGAGUUUAGCUUUCUAAACUUCAACGUCACUACAGCUGGAGAAGAAUCAGGCCAGGCUGCAUCAGGCGAGUGUAUUUUUAGUAUAAAGGGAAACUUUUACUUUGAGCCGCCUUUUGUAUGGCUCUCUCUCUCUCUCUAUGCGCCGGCUGUUAAUAUAAAUGUACCUUUGAUGACAUCUCUCAGGAUAGUUACGAUUAGCUAUUGAACCUUUUUUUUUUAUUUACGACGCUCAAUCCAUCCAAGGGAGAUUAACAUAAAAACUGCUUUCCAGUUUUUAAAACUAACAUUUUAAGACUCAUCCCAUCGUGAAAAUCUAAAUGAGCAAAUGCAGUAAUAAACCUGUAUUCUUCCAGCCAUGAUUUCUGAAGACGACGACUUCUUGUCGGAGCAAAUAGUUGCCCUAUUUCAUGCUUGAUGUACAGUCUUAACACAGGAAAGAUAUAAACUGCUAAUGGCCAAACACGAUUGUUAUCGUAGGCUGCCUUUCACGAGUUCUUCAAGACUACGCCAAAUCACUAUCACACAACCGGUUGGAAUCUGUGGCUGAGGAAAAAGGUGUUGACUCCGACUCCUUUCCCACUCCACCCUCCGUUGUUGCGCAGGAAGACCAGGCAGAAUCCCCAACGGAAGACAAGACUCUUCUGCCAUUGAAGACUGAGAAUAAACUUUCUGUGGAAGAAAUUUUAAAGAACAUUAAACAACAGGUACUUUAACUUACUGUUAGACAAGCCCUUAUUCUUAGAGCUAUAUAAGAGGCGACCGGCUACAUUUAGAAAAUUCCUGAAAUGUAACGAUCUUGAUAUUGAUGAUCUUGAACACAGCUUGCAGGAGUUUAAUUGUCCGAUUAUCAACGAAGAGAGAACACAAGUAAACAAGAAUGGACGGAAUGUACAAAAAAUAUUGUCCUCAAACGGCGCUCUAAGCGUGUCAGUAUACCGAAAAACACUCCAAAGUAGCUGUACCUCCCACAACUGCAGCAGCGCUCAGAUCUGCGACUUAUCCAGUCGCCAUGACGAUUAGAAAAAGAAAGAACUGUUUUUAGACGAUUCUGAUCCAUUUAGGACGCUUCCGGUCGAGUUUUACACACAUCCCAUCGUGAAAAUUUAAGUAAGCGAACGCAGUAGUAAACCUACUUGAGUUUAGAAGACAGCUUUCUCCAAUCAGAACGAAAGGUUACGUCAUUUCAUGCUUGAUGUCAGUAUAGCCUUUACAAAAGAAAUCAUGGAAGGCCUCCAUUGGACUGUGGACACUUUCACCUGAUUGCGGAUGCUAUCACGUAGUCUUGAAUCCUUCGGUUCAACUUUCAAACUUUGCUGUGUUAUGUGUAGGUGUGCUCUCAGUGGAGUGAAAUGAGAAACGCCUUCAAUGCAGUGGAUAAGGAAGGAAGUGCUACGCUGGAAUUCGAUUAUUUUAAGGUAAUGACUCCAUCCUUGCCCUUGCAGUUUUCGUGAAUUUACGUCUGUAGAUCGCAUUGAAAUAAUCCGGUGCCAGUAGUUUCAGUCACAUGUGACUUUUUGCCAGUUAAGUGCCUCCCUCGAAUAGGCGCUGCAUUUGAGGUGCAGAAAAAUUGCGGAGUAAAGGUUGCGGCGCUUAUUCGAUUGAAUACGAUAAUAGCAUUUAGUACUAAUAGCAACUGGUUUAUUAAUAGGGUGUCAUGAAACGAUUUUGCAAGGAUAUGACAGACGAGGAAUGUUUGAGCCUUUGUUGGAAGUUUGAUAGGGGAAAAAAUUCCCGGUGAGAAUCAUGUAACUAGUUUUGUAUUUGGAUUUAAUUCUAAUUCCUUUCAAGUAUUUUUCUUCAUUUUUUCACCUUUUUUGUCACACUAGACAGUGUUUAACGCGCAACGAUUUCGACGCUUUAUUUUGUCAUCUUCUGUUUUCUUUUUUGAAGGGUUUGCUACCUUGAAUUCUUGAAGAAAUUUCUUCCCACGAUGCCUGUCAGGGUUGACCACCUCGGUCCCAUGGCACCGGUCACCAGAUAUCUUACAAAGGUGAGUUAAAAUUUUCAAGAUAAGGUCGAGUGGCAGGUGCUCUCUUAAGGAUAGUGCAAGUUGUACUGGUGCGUGUGAAGAAGAAGACGUGCGAGAAACGAUUGUGACUUAACGCGCGUUGCUUUAUUAAAAUCAAACGCUGCCGUUUAUUUGAGUUGAUCCCGCCAGACACUGUAUUUCUUUUGUGUGGAGAAUGUAAAGUGAAUUGUAGCUCUUAGGGUAUUUGAAGCGCUGAAGGCACUUACACCUGUACAUGUGAUUUACUCAAGGUGUUUUGGACCUCAAACUUUGCUGAUAUGAACAAUCGCGAUUUUUCUAAAUGAAUUCUGAUUUCCUGAGAAGAGCAAACCUAUAACCCUUCGAAUUAUCUAUCGGACGAUCUGCCACUGCGAAAUCUCCCAGAAAUAUCUACCACUGAGUCGCAAAGGAAAUGGUGUCGAGGUAGAUCUGCAUGUGACUCACUUCCAGUGGUAGGAUCCACUAUGUGUAUGGCGAAAGGACAAAAAGAGUGAGUAAACUAAGUCCCGUCGUCGCGCCCGAACCAGAAUGAGAGUGGAUGUAUGGGAGGAAGUUCAUCUAUCCUGUUUUUAUUCCCCGAUCUUUUCUUUAGUUCUUGGUCAAGUAAUUGACAUGUUGCUAUGCUAUGUUUCGUUUAUUUCUUUCUCUUGUAGGCGGCGUGGUUGGACGGGAAACGAGCUCAAGAGGCUGUUGAUACAGUUGUUGAUAAAAUUCGGAACCAGGUGAGCUGUGUUGCUGAAGUCCCUUGCAUCAUAAUCGUCCUCUAGUUCACUUCACAUUAGACCCAAAGAGCUUCGAUGGUAUUCCAGUCUCUAAUGGAUAAUUCUUCAGUUUGAACUUUGAGGCAAAGGAAAAGGAAAAUGAUUUUGUGUGCUUGUUAGUCAUAUCGGUGAGAAAGUGUGAAUAUAAUUCGAGCAAAUUAAAGUUCAGUUUACAGAAAGGGCUAUAGGGGAAGAGAGCGCAUUUCUGUCGAGUUUUUGGUGGGUAAAACAGUCCUUGUUUAAAAGAAAGCUUUGUACCUAUGUAAUUUAUCAAAGCUCCAUUGUCCAGGUGGGAACAUAAGCGAUUUGCCAUAAGUGUUUUAGCUUUGUGUCACGGCUGCCUUAUGUGCGGUAUAAGCCACGUUCGCCCGAGUGCUCCCUUCACCUUGAUUCAAAAUGGGCCAUAUACCAAUUUAAUAUUUCUGCAGAUGAUUUCUGACUGGAAAGGACUGAGAAGAGCAUUCAGGAAGAUGGAUUCGUUGGGCGAUGGCUUCGUCUCCGUGACUGACUUCAAAGCUGCUAUGUACAGGUUUAACUUUCCGUUAAACGAAGAAGAUUUCUUUCAUAUUUUCUCUGUGUUUGAUGAAAACAUGGAGGGAAGGAUCUCGUACGUGGAAUUUAUGCGGCGUUCAUUAAGCGAGUAAACGGGGAGUCUUCGUUAGAGUUGACAUAACCGGAACUGUGAAUAGCUUUUACUUGGAAUUUUCUUCUUCUUUUUUUCGUUUUGGUUUUCUCUUUUUUAGAUGUUUUUUUCUUGUAUUGAAAGUUUUUAUUUCUUUGUUUUUUGUGUUUUGUUGCUUUUUUACGGAAGGAGAGGGGGGGG